UACAAUCAGUCUGCAUCAGCACAGAGGGGAGAGACAUCAGAGCAGAGUGAAGCUGAGGAGGGCAGGAAGCAGAAGAUAGCAAUGAUGCAGUGGAGUCUGUUUCUGCUCAUUCUGAUGGGUCAAUGUUUCUUCUUCACCUGUCAACUCUAUAAGUACGACUUUAUUAAAGAGAAGAAGACCUGGGAUGAAGCCCAGAAAUAUUGUAGAGAGAAGUAUACUGACCUGGCCACAGUGUAUGACAUGACAGACAUGAAGAGACUCCGUGCCUCUACAGAGAAACAAGAGACAGGCUGGAUUGGGCUGCGCAGCAACCCAGAAACAGACAACAGGAUGUGGCACUGGUCUCUGCCAGGGGUGGAGUUCAAUGACAGUGACACAAAGACAGAGUGGGCUAAAGAUGAACCGAAUGAUAAACUACAGUCUGAGAACUGUGUGAAGAUGGACGGGUUCAAAUGGAGCGAUGUUCACUGUAAUGAACGCAACAACUUUAUCUGCUACAAUGAAAAACAGGAACCCAAUAAAACUUUCCAUGUGAUUACCAAUGCACUGUGCUGGCCCGAAGCUCAGAACUACUGCAGAGAACAUCACACCGACCUGGUCAGUGGACUCAAUCAGUUACAUGACACCGAUCUCAUGAAUGAAAUUCAGUCUCAUACUGUGUGGAUCGGCCUGUUCAGAGACACCUGGAGGUGGUCAGAUGGGAGUAAUUCCUCUUUCAGAAGCUGGAAUCUGGAGUUAUUUAAAGAUGACAACAGCAAGAAAUGUGCCAAAUGUGCCAUGUUAAAUGGAAAAUGGGACUCUGAUGAUUGUAAUACAAAAAGAUCCUUCUUCUGCUAUAAAGAUAGAUUUGUCCUGAUCAAGAAGGAGAAGACUUGGGAGGACGCCUUAUAUUACUGCAGAGAGAACUACAAUGACCUGGCCUCCAUCACUAACCUUAAGGAGCAGAGAUGGAUCCAACAGAAAGCCAAGAACGCCUCAACUCCUUUUGUCUGGCUGGGACUGCGCUACACCUGCACCCUGGAAUUCUGGUUCUGGGUCAGUGACGAGGUCGUCGGCUAUAAGAACUGGGCCUCAGGUGGAAGGAAUGAUGACUGUGACAUGUCUGGAGGCAUGGAAAGCGGAGGAGAACAUAAGUGGUCCAGUCGGCCUGAUAAUAACACGUAUAAUUUCAUCUGUUCUACGUUUUAAAACAUUUCUGUUUUUUGGUGGUGUGUUUCUCUUGAACAAGCUUGUCUGUUCUUUGGGUUUAUUCAGUUUGUAACUAACUUUAGUGUAUAUGUAGUCCUUUGUGUCAAAGUAGUGCAUGAUUGCUGAAGAUAUUAAUGAUCCGAAGUGUGAAAAUUAUCUUGUAGAAAAAUAGUUUUGUUGUCUAAAAUGAGAAACAUCUGAAAGAAUCUCUUUACUGCUGGAUGACAUCAGUUGAAGUUGUUUUAUUUUCCUGUUAAAGUUCCAGUGUGUGUUAUAUUUAGGACGAUCUACAGUUUGAAAUGCAAUAUAAUAUGCACAACUAUGUUUUUAUUCAUGUAUAAUCACCUGAAUAUAGAAAUUGUUACUUCUUUUUACCUUAGAAUCAGUCGUUUAUAUGUCUACAUUUGUCACGGGUCAACUUCUAUGGAAUCCACCACGCAAGUAUCAAACGCAAAACGCAAGUAGCUUUGUGGGCAGAUCUCGGGCGCUGUUGCUAUUAUGCCGGCGGGAUAAAUGACCCUUGCGCCCGGCGCAAAUCUAAAAUGGGUUGGUCUGAAGUAGCUACAUUAGUCAUAGGUGUGGUUUGGGCGUAAAGUGCAAUAAACCAAUCAGAGCGUCAUCUCACAUUCACUUUAAAAGCAGGCGCGCUUGUUCCAUGGCGGAUUGCUAUUAUAACGGCGGAUUGGCCAGGCGCACGCCAGGAGCGGUUCACAGCCGAGGAGACCGACGUUCUCGUCAGGGCCGUGAAAUACCGAGAAGUGACAUUAUUGACAUGAAAUAAAUGUAACACAGCCAUACAAUAAAUCUAAACAAUGUAACGCAGCUUCGCAGGAAGAAGACCCUGGCCUCGGGAGCAGUGCGCACGGGCCGAGCAGUGCGCAAGGGCCAGCUGAGGAGGGAGCAGCGCAAACACCAAGGUGCAGAGGAUCCAGACCCACUACACGCCGGAGGACCACCCGUUCCUGCAGCAAACCGGGUUUGACAUGCUGGAGCAGGAGUAUUAUAUGCCCGUCUUGACCGGGUGGCGAUGUUGCUGCUGCCUCUCAGGCGCAUCCCCUCAAGUCUGCGCCCUUAAAAUAGCAUCUGAAUAAGCGCCACUGACUUUAGACUAGGUUUUUCCUGGUCUGUGGCGGAAUUGUUUUCUGAAACAGCAAAAUAGCACCAGGGAACGUUUGCGCCGGAAAACGCCUCCUCUUUUCGCUGAACCGCCCCCCGGAGCGCAAGUUCAUUCCCUAAUUUAAGGACGUGCGUCGGUGGAGGGAAAAUUCCAAUGUGCGUCAAGUGCAAAAUAGGAAUUAUACAAGCGCCAGUGUACAAAGUCAAUUGUGCUGAGUGCAAGAUAGAGCCCCUUGUGUGUUUCAUGGUAACCAUAGUUUUGUAGUUUCGCGCUUGGAAAGGGAGGGUGAACGUAGUUGUGAUCUGCAAGUGUAUUCUUCUGCUAUGAUUUGUAGCUAUAAACUGAAUUGAAUCAUCUUAUUUUAACAAAAUAUACACAGUUUCUAUAACAUAGGCCUUUUUCACAGCAGAUAUUUGACUUGUCAUAAAAGCAACACCAGUGUAUUUUUAUAACAGAACUUGUGAUUGGUCUUAAUCCUGUCCUUUAAGAUUGCCUUGUGGACAUAAUAAACAUAAAACAUGUUUAAAUUUCUCUGUAUCAGUAUCAGAAGAUGAAAAUAAUACAUUCCCCAUGUCCACAGGCGAAUCCUCUAUCCUCCUGUCCUCUAAGUAUAUUAGCCAUCAGCUGUCCUAAUCCUACAAGUGUUAUGUAACUCAGAUUUUUUGAUUACUGCAGAGAGGAUAUGAUGCUCGAAAUACCUGCUAUGGUAAUUUAAGUUAAUGUAGCCGCAUUUUAAAUGAUGAAUGAUGAGAAAUAAGGUUUAGCAGCAUAUCAGUCUUAUUGUAGUUAUGAGUUAACUUGUGUUACCUUGGCUUUGGGUUAUGUUUAAGCAGGAUGCUGCAGAAUAACAUCUUUAGUGAAAUAUAUUUUAAGGUAUCCUGAAUGAGAGCACAUGUCUUUGUUUGAAAGUUAAGGCAUUUGCAACAUUUAAGCGAGGCAGACUGAAAAUAAAAAACAAAAGAAUUUGUUCUUGCGCACUUUGGGAUUAUAUCGACCUCCUUGUUUCUUCUUAUUGACAGAAUAAGGAAGAGCAGGAAAUGUUUUGUUGUUUAUAUCGUGAUUGAAAUGUUUGUUUUCACUGGUGAGCUUCUGAAAUAAAGAUAUCAAAAUCAA